AAUAUGAUUCUCAAGAACAUGUUCUCUAAAGACGUUCUCCGACUUGAAUCCAACACAGUGACUCAAAACAGACCUGCUCUGCCAUGAAGUCAACUGUUCUUUUCCUUUUGAGCAUCAUCUUCCUGGAUCAGUGUGGAGUUCAAGGAACCCUCAUAAUAAGAAAUCAGCGUUGCUCCUGCAUCAACACUCGGCGAGGCAUGAUCCACCACAGAUCCUUAGUAGACCUCAAACAAUUUGCCCCAAGCCCUAACUGCAACAAGACUGAAGUCAUCGCUACACUGAAGAACGGAAUUCAAACCUGUCUGAACCCAGAUUCAGCAAACGUGAAGAAGCUGAUGAAAGAGUGGGAGAAACAGGUCAGCCAAAAGAAGAAGCAAAAGAGGGGGAAGAAAACCCAGAAGAACAAGAAACCCAGAAAGGCUAAAAAACCCCAAGGCCCUCGUUCAAAGAAGACUCCAUAGGAGACCACUUUGCCUACAAGCGCUCUGCGUUGAAAUGGUUUUUGGAUCAUACUGAAAUGCCUUCAGUGGGGAGCGGGUGUUAAUUCAUAAGCUCAUUAACUUGGCUGGAAAAUAUAAAGCAUGAUUUUGAAAGUAUAACUAACGCUAGAAAGUUAAUCGUAAAAUCCAAAUAGUGGGGAUUGCUAGGGGCAAAAACUGUCUUUGUUCUAAUCAGCCAACAAAAUUUCAUCAAGCUCUUGAGCACCAUCAUGAUAAUAUCAAUUCUGGGCAAGUGUCCACACAUACUUAUCCCAUGUGCAACAGCUCUCUGGGCUUCUAGCCACACAUUCCAGCAUCCGGAGAGUUCUGAGACCCCUGUCACCAAGCCUAGGCCUGUUUGCAUGCUGGUGAGCAAGACCUCACCAAGCUGGCCCUCAGCAGUGGCACUUGGGUCAGCCUACAGGCCCAAACACUGCAGCAUGUCUCAGAGAUCCAUGCUAAUGGUUUUUGGCUUCCACGGUCAAGGUCGCUAGACUUGGCUUUCGGAACCUCCCACGUAGCUUUUGAGACCAUGUGAUCCCAUCAUUGACUUGAACCCAUCUUCAAGGCUCAUUUCAAGUUUUGCUUCUUAAAUAAAACCCUCGUAGAGGGCCCUGGGCAGAGAGCUUCUUGGUAGAACAUUUUCCUUGCUUGGACAAGGCCCUAGAGUUGAUCACUAACAGUGCAAAAACUUAAGCAGUUAAAAAAAGAUUUUUCUGGCUCCUCAAA